UUUUCAAGUCCUUGUGUUCAUCAGCCAAUGAGUCUCUUUAGGAGUGUUUUCCUCUUCGGAUUCGACAACACGGGCACAGGGUCAUGGAAGACCGGAGAAACAGAGGUAUUGAUGGUAGUGACCAGCAACAAGAGUCCGAUGCCGAGCUGUUCUCGCACCUGAAUUACCCGACGGCACGGGACCCUACUAACGCGCAGAGAGAGUACGAUAUUUUGGAUGAAGUAAUCGACGGAUGGCCAGGUCCUGCUGUUGGCGUUGAAAUGAGCUUUACGGAUAUAGCGCGGAACGCUGGACAGCUGGAAGACGUUCACGGGCCCACGCUGGAAUCCAAUCCACACAUUACCAAUUCGGUGCAGGCCACCAGCAUGUUACAGGGACAAUAUAAUGCAUCCUAUCAGAUUCCAGAGUUGGGUUGUAUAGGAGGAAUAUACACCUCGCCAUGCAUUUCCGCACCGCCAAUGCCAUCUGUUCGCACAGUUGGAAGUUUCCCUAUUUUAGGAGUUCCCUCGGAAACUUCCGACCCACAAGGACCUGCGCAGGAAGCGAUGACCCUAGAAGAAGGGAGAUACAGCGGUAUUGAUGGCAGUGACCAUCAAGCAGGGAGUACGGAGACAGAGACCGACCAACAGUUGUUUUCUUACCUGGAUUACCAGACGGCAAGAGGCUCUCGACAAGCAAAAAGAGAGUACGAUAUUUUGGAUGAAUUAAUCGACAGAGAUCCAGUUCCUAAUGUCGCCGGUGAAAUGGGCUCUACCUAUUUAGCCCCGAGCACUCGACAGCCGAAAGAUGCCCACUGGCCUACCCCACGAUCCGAUCCUCAAAUGCCAGAGUCGGUGCAAGCUACCAGCAUGUUACAGGAACAGUGCCCUUCAUCCAACCAGGCAAGUCAAAAAUUUUAA